AUGGCAUCCGCCAAGCGUGAGGCGCUCUCUGCAUGCACGUCAGUGGAGUCUAUGGGUAGCGCGAUGGCGUCAAUGCCAUACUAUCUAUCCAAGGGUACCAACGAGCUUGUGGCUUCCUCGGUUGAUGAGGCUGUUUCCGCCCUGAAGUCCGUGUUGUUGUUGACUAUCACGGGCGUCGGAGAGAUUCUAUGGUUCGUCAUCAAUAUGAUGUACUCUACCUACGCCUGUCUCAUUACGAUGGCCGUCCGUGGCACGGUAGGAGCCGGCAUUGAAUUGAUCAAGGAAGCUACUGAGUGGAUCAACAAAACCCUCACGACAAUCAGUGGUGACAUUGAGAGUACCGUCGACAAAUACAAGGACGAACUCAACUCAUUUCUCGAGACAAUCAAUAAAGUUGCCAGCGUAUUCUCGGACGAUCCUAGUCCAAUCGACCUCAACAGCUCAAUCACUACGCUGGAGAAUCUGUCUCUUCCGUCGUCAGUCAACCGGACGGUCGAAAAAUUAGACAGCCUUGUCCUUCCCAACUUCAAAGAGAUCCAGAAUUACACCAAGACUCUCUUCGAAACGCCCUUUCAAGAAGUCAAAAAUUUGGUAAAUGAAACUUUGGGCACUUACAGUUUUGAUCGGUCCGCUCUCCCGAUCCCUGCCAAAAAACAGUUGACCUUCUGCAACGACAACAAAGGAAUAAAUGAUUUCUUCAACGGAGUCACUGCGCUGGCACUAAAGGCACGCCAAAUAUUCAUUAUUGUUCUCGUCAUUGCUGCCAUAUUGGUGUGCGUUCCGAUCGCGUGGCAAGAAAUCCGCCGAUGGCGCUCAAUGAAAGAACGCUCCCAGUUGGUUCGCAGGGAAGCCCACGAUCCAAUGGACGUUGUCUAUAUUGUCUCACGGCCAUAUACCGCCUCUGCAGGCAUCAAGGCAGCAAGUCACUUCAGCAACAGCCGGCGGCAGAUCCUCGUGCGAUGGGCCAUUGCCUAUGCAACAUCCAUGCCUGCUCUUUUCGUACUGGCUCUUGCAUUGGCAGCACUAUUUUCUUGUCUGUGCCAAUACCUGCUCCUGCAUUCGGUGAAGAAAAUCGUUCCCGCACUGAGUGCCGAGGUAGGAGAAUUCGCAGACAAAGUCGUGGACGCACUGGAAAGCGCCUCAACAGAUUGGGCUACCGAUGCAAACAAGGCCAUCGUUAAUCUUGACACCGACCUCAACCACAACGUCUUCGGUUGGGUGAACAGCAGCACGCAAGCCAUAAACGGGACUCUCAACUUCUUCAUCUACAACACAUCCAGCGUUCUAAACGAGACCUUCAAAGGCACCCUUCUGCAAGAGCCCGUCUACGAGCUAUACGAGUGCCUCAUCGGCCUCAAAGCAGAGGCCCUCCAAAAGGGUCUAAACUGGGUAGCCGAGCACGCACACAUCACCCUUCCCACUCUCCCGAAUGAUACAUUCUCUGCCGGUGCCGCCUCCAGCAUAAACGACACCUCCAAUCCCUCCGAUAGCUUCCUCGCCGAUGCAGGCGAUCAAACCGCUAACAAAAUCACCGAGGUCGUCACUAGCGUGAUCAACAAACUGGAAGCAGGCCUGCGAAUCGAAGCCAUCAUCGCCACCAUCAUUCUCUUGCUUUGGGUGUUCAUCGCCUUGAUUGGUAUAACUCGCGCUAUGAUGCUUUUCUGGACGCGCGACAAACACCGCGGCGAGGGAGGCAAGGGUCAUAUCCUAGAUUCUGUGCCUAGAGGCGGACCACCACCCCAUGAUGCGAAUGGGUUUGCUGAAGUUCCACUCACGGCUAUUCCGAGGAAUAUGUCUGCAGAUGGGCAUGUUGCUCCCCAGUAUACGGCGGCGGCACCCCCCGUGCCCGUGCGGAGUGAGCCGUCGUCAUAUGGUAAUGAGAAGGUUGGUUUUGCAGGGGAAAGGGCGUUGCAGUUGGACUCGGGUCCUGAUCUGAGGGGAAGUAGCUAUGUUGAAUAUGAUGUGAAGCGAUGA